GUAAACAAUAACAAUAACAAGGAAGCAGUUAAAAGUGAAGAGAGAAGUCUGCUACACAGUAAAUAACAACAGCUUGCAUCAUGCAGUCAUGAAAAUCCGGUUAACAAAAAUAGAAUGUAGUAAGGAUAAUGAUCUGAUCGUCUAUAGUCUGUACAUAGGAGUUGUAUAACGAUUGUUUUCGAAAGUGAAAGUAGGUCAUUGUUGAGCCAAUGAAUCAUAAAUACUGCUAUUGAUUGGACGAGAGGCUCGCCUGCAAUACCAUAUAUGGUUAUAUUAAUGAUAACAUUAUAUUCACCUCACCCAAUGCACUUUGGAUGCAAUUCGUACAGGUUUAGGAAUGAUUUCACCGUUUUGACCAUAUAUAGUCAAUCAGAUCAGGGUCUGAGAAAGAAAGCAUCGAGUAAGAUUUGCUUGUGCCUGUAGAUUUGGUAUGCGUUGAUCAAGCGGCAGAAGCUGACAACACAGACUUACUGUAACAGUUCAAGGAGGCUGGAUUAUGUACAACAUUACAUUUUACGACGUUCAACGGGUUACAUUCGAAACCACAGGAGCUGAAGAGCUGAUAAAUUGAAUACCGACAAUCAACAACUCAAAGUGAUUAAUAUACAUUGUAGUUAGACAAUAAAGAUGGUGAUACAUGAAGUUCUCCCGGCACAUGUCGUCAUUCAGAAUGCUAUACCUCCAGUCCAUGGUGCAUUGCAGCAGCAAAAUCAACAGCCAAACCAACAGCAAAAUAACCAGCACAACCAGCAACACAAUCAACAGCACAACCAGCAGCACAACCAACAACAGUACAACCAACAGAACCAAAAUGCUGCAGCUGCUGCACCACAAAAUCCUCAAUGGUGGCAGCAACAAAUGCAACUACAGCAUCAAAUACAGCAACAACAGCAACAGUUGCCUCAAAGACCAAAGUUUGACAAAACUCUUGAAACUCUGUUCCGGGGAAACAUUAGACUCUGGAUGAAUGAUAUGGUGUCUAUGGGAUUUGACGAGCGGGAUAAAGCUACAAUUUUGGAGCUGUUCAGAAGUGAUAGAGACUUUAAACCUUCUCAGAUCUAUGUCCUAGGGAGCAAGCUAUAUCAUAUUCAGGUUAGAGGAGUUCGGGUCUAUAUCCAGGAGCUUGGAGUUGAUGAGACGCAAACUGAUGCCGGGGCAAGCUGUGUUAGCUUUGAAUACCGUAACUCAAUGCAGCCUGCUGACGUCAACAUUAUAGGCCACUGUGGGAACAUAUACAUUGGCUAUACAUAUUACAAAAGCAGAAGCGAUGCUGAAAUUAAGAUGUUUGAUAGUACAACUGGAGACGUCACUACUGUCGGUGUCUGGAGGCACGGACGCCGAGGGAUGACAGGACCAAACUGUAUUGCUGGGUGGUCGGACUUUUCAUGUAGCUUCAGCGCCGACAGGGAAUACUGUCUCGUCGUUGGACCCUCUCCCGGACAGAAUCCCAGCACUUGCAAGCUAAUUGAACUGGCCGCUAAGACAUUCGUUGAGACAAUCAAGUUUGACAAGCGAACGUAUGGGGUUCCAUUUAGGGCAGUAUUUGACCCGCGGCCACACAGACCACAUAUUCUGACGUUCAUAGUUGGAAGCGGACAAACUCGUCUCUCUAGGGGUACCCUGGCCCAGUACGAUGUGGUGGAUAAGACCGUAAAUUCCCAAUACAAAGAUUUUGAAUUUUGUUGUGACUUACUCCAGCACACCAAAGAUGGAGAGUUUCUUCUCGCAUUAACUCGAAAGCGAGAAGAGUUAUGGAUCUUCGACUCAGAUGAUCUUACCCCACUAUUCGCCCUAACCUACAAGUCGAUACGAUCGAAGCUUUGUCAGUUAUUUCCACUCAUGUCUAAAUGUGGCACUCGAAUGGCGUUCGUUACUAAAGAAAGUCACCAAAGACACUUAAAGAAACGUAAAGAUUCUACUACAGACUGGCGAAGAAAGGCGGAAACGCUCAAAUCAGUUUCUAAGGAUAAAAAGUUGGAAGAACCAGCAGCUGAAAUGUCUCCAAAACCAGAUGAUGCUGAUGAUAUUGACAAUGAUGAUGAUGGUGGGCUGGUUGAUGAAUUCAUGCAAGAUUUAUCUUAUAACGUACAAGUGUACAAGCUACCUGAGAGACUGCAUACUCUACAAGCAUUGUGUAGGAAACCAAUAUUGCAACGUGUUCAGUUGGAGAGAAUUCAAGAUCUGCCUAUUCCACCAAGACUUCAGUCUUACUUAAACUGGCAAUGAAACGUCACUAUAGAGCGCUUACAUGUCUAACACUCUGGUAAUUGAAUUGUGAUAAGUGCUUGUGAACCGUAACAAAUUAUACAAAUUGCACAAUUUUAUAUUUGAAAAAUAUGUAAUUCAUGCUUGCAUCAUCGAUUUAUUGAUUUUUGGUAUUGCACAUUUUGAUAAAGUAAAAUAAGAUCGAAAUUUUGAUUUUUGAGUUUUUUAUAUUCUAUUGUUUUAUUUUGACGAACUAUAAGCGUCGAAUAUUCCAAUUAUUUUAUUUCCUUGGUUCCAUGACCAUCAAUAUGUUGAAUUUCGAGUAUAAACUACAUGUAACUCCACGUGUCUGGCGCUUUUCAUCUGAGGCGCAUGAUCUCUCGAUACAAAUAAAACUUCCAUUAAUGACCAAGGGAAAAUCAAUACCCGGUGAUUUCAGAGGGUAUUUUCAUUUUGUUUUAGACGUGCACUGCAUGAACCGGGUAUUGUAACGCCCUUGUCUCCACCUUCGAAAUACAAUAUUUCAAUUUGAAAACUUUUACUUUUACAUAUUUGUUGUUAGCCAUGUUUCCUCAUCUCAUCUGCUUUGGUAAUUUGAGACACCGCGUGUCGAAGUGCGCCAAAUGAAAAGAAGAGCUUAGUUUAGAAUCAAAUUUCAACAUAUCCGGCAGCUCCCCCAUCUGAUAUUGUAUUUCAUUUAAUUGACAAACUAAGAAAUUUUGAGACUAAUAUUUUAACUAAACCAGCUGAGACGAGGAAACCUUGCCCCAUAGUACCUGGUCGCUCCACCAUGUCAUACUCUGUUAUGUUAAGUACUUAAUUCGAACAUGACUGUAUUC